UCUCUGCCGGAGUAAAGUCUUCUCUCACUGGCAGCUUACAGGAGGGAAAACACACCAGAAGUUUUGAGAAAGAGAAAGAGGAAAAGACAGAUCAGUCUCCAAACCGCAUUCUCUCCCAGGCUGUAUGUGGGUUUCAUACAGUCAUGGCAACAGCAGCUCAACCAAAAAGGAUGGUGUCUUCAGUCUUCAUCACUCUUGCUGCUCCUCAUCGAGCCACUGUAACACAGCAGCAGCCCGUCCUCCAAGCCCACAGUGGUGCAGUUAGAGACAAGCCGCACACUGCUGUUCGAGUUAACCCAAGUGACAAAAUCGCAGCCGUCAGACACAAGAAAGAGAACGACCAACAGUCUGAGUCUUAUGGCAGCCUAGACAGCAAAGGCCGGACUUUUACGGGGGCCACGGCCAGAACUUCCGACCCUCAGAGCCCAAAACCUGCCCAACCCGGACCCAGCAGAGGAAAGCAGCAAGGAGACGACAGAGGUUCUGCAGAUCUCUUCCCUGCUCCUCCUCCUGCUCCUCCUGCUGCAGCGCAGACUUCAUCUCAGAGAACAUCGCUCUGUGAAGAAUCAUCACUUCCACCACCUCCUCCUGCACAGACGCCUCUCUUCCAACCUAUGACUCCAGGCCAGCAGCUAGUUUACAACACAGAGGUGGAAACAAGCACACCAUCUAGUGGGUUAAACCAAGAUGAACAAUCUCAUGGGAUCCAUAAAAAUGGCCAAGACACGAGCAGGGAGAGUAGAGAGGUGUGUGGCUUCUGUCGGAAACCCGUGGCUCUCUCUGAACCUGCGAUAGAGGCCUUAAACCGGACGUACCAUGACAGUUGCUUCCAGUGUCGAUCUUGUCACAUUCCCCUGGCUGGCAAACAGUACUACAACAAGGCAGGCAUCCCACUCUGUGAAGACUGCUACCAGGCCAGCCUGGAACUCUGCUGGGCGUGUGGGGAGGUCAUCACAGAUCAUGUGAUCCGUGCACUGGAGCGAGCGUACCACCUUCCUUGUUUCACCUGUGCAACAUGUAAACAGCAAAUUGGGGAGAAAGCUUUUGCUCAGGGAGAAGUUGGAGAAGUGUAUUGCCUCCAGGACUAUUACAGAAAAUAUGCUCCAAAGUGUAACGCCUGCAACAAGCUAAUCAUUCCAAAAGAAGACGGUACUGACAGCUAUAAUGUUAAAUGCCUUGGACACUCGUACCACGAGAACUGCUACAGAUGUGAGGUCUGUGUCAUCCAGCUCUCUCCGGAACCAAAUGAGCAUGGCUGCUAUCCUCUGGAUGGGAAGCUGCUUUGCAAAUCUUGCCACCUGAACCUGAUUUCUGGGCAGCACUAACACAGGCCUCAACUGCAGCUGAUGGAAAAGUGCCACGAAUCUAGGUUCAAAGAGAAGGGAGACUUUUCAUGGGCAAUGUGCAUGCCUCUUGAAUAACAUUGUCACACAUCUUUUUCCAAUAGAACAAUAAUGAAAUAUGACUUAUUUUUGUUUUACAAUAUAUCAUGCUUUCAGAAGAUUCUCCUUUUAUUCUUUUAUACUUGAUCAUUUUGCACUCAAUAAACUACCGAAUGUACCAAAUAUGUUAAUGCAAUAGCCUUUGCAAACACCUAUGGCGAGCAUUGUUUUAAUUCUUGUAAAUCUCAAUCAGUAAACUGUUUCUCAAUCACAUUAACCCUUUAUAUUAAAAAUAAACUUUAUAUUAAAAAAUGUUUAUAUUAAAGUAAACUAAUAUAUUUUAUCUUCAGGCAGGCUCCAACAAAACAUUUAUUAAAUUGCAUAUACACGAACAAUAAGUAUUAAGAUUAAAGGAAAAAGUUUACAAUUCAACUCACAAAUGUGUCACUGGUAAGACAAUUGACUACAGACAUUGGAGAUUUUAUAAAAUGAUGUGUAACAGAGCACAAUAGUACUUCCUAGAGGAACCAAAACUGGAAAGUGCUUUUGAUGUGAUAACGCUCACAUUUUAACAAAGGGCCUAUAUUUACUGUUUUUGCCUCAACAAUAGAACUAUUCACAUUAAUUUGACAUUAAAACAUUAGAGUCUCAGUUGAAAUGUUUUUUUUAUUUAUGUUCUGUAUCUCGAAAGGCAUGUUUGUGGAAUUAUAUUUCUUUGUA